UUUUUAUUAUUUUCUUUUAAGGUUUUCUCAAAUGCGACGGGAUGGACGAUGAGGGCGGCAGAUUUAGAAAGAAGGGAACUCGAAGGUUUGUUGGCGCAGUGGUCUUAUAAGUCAAUCCAGAAGCGGUGAUUUUUCUUUAUCUUGAUUUACGCGAGAUCUUUGUGGUUGUUUGCACACGUUAGAGAGGCGUCUUUUCACUUCAUUUCCUUAUUAACCAUGGCGGAAGUUCUUCUACUCCUCGUUAAGAAGCACACUGGGCCUUGCUUAGUCUUUACUGUAUUCCCCUAUCGUACCUUAUGCUCUGUCCCUUACAACUGUUGCUUCUUCCAUGCUUUACUCGCUGCAUAUGUCAAAAAUUCCCCAUCUUCAACCUCUUCGACUCGGAACCAUUAUCCCCCUUCCAAAGCUCAAUAAGCAGAGCGGCUACCAGCAGCAUAUACUCACAGCCUCAGCACACCAGUUCGGGGCUGAGAGAGACACACAACAAGGAAAGGACCAUGAUCUGUCACACAUUACCGCACCUCUCAUCUCCCAGGCGUCCAAACAUCGGCCAUCAUUCAGAACAGACACGGAGAGCCUCGCGUGGCUCGUCUGAGCCGCCCACCUGGCAUCUUGCAAGGUUCUCAGUCUGGCUGUUCUUGAUGGAAGGAGGGGGGAAGGGGUCUCAUGCAGCUUGGCGCGUUGGAUCUAUACCCAAAAUGAUACACGCCUAUAACGCCCAUAGGCGGUACACCAACCAGGUUGGCGGGAAUAGCGCUGCCUACAGACUAAACGCACCAAGGCUCCAAGCGGCACCCACCCGCCAUCCCAUUUGACCAUUUCGAGUUCAGCCCCUGCGUGCUGCGUCUUACUCUGUGCUUGGUGGUGGUUCGCUAUCCGCGACAAGUCUCAAUCAUUUCCGUCCAUUGCGUUAUUGCCUGCCCCGGAUAUGGGGGCCAGGCGCUGGGACUCUGGCUGUCUGG